AUGCCAGUCCCUCUUGCUCCAUAUCCAACACCUCCGGCGCCGCCGGCACUGGCUCCUUCGUACACUCCUACGCCGGCAAAUGGUAGUACAAGUGGACAGAGCCAGUUGGUGUGUUCAGGUUGUAGAAACCUUCUGAUUUAUCCUGUUGGAGCAUCCUCCGUCUGUUGCGCUGUUUGUAACGCCGUCACGGCCGUCCCUCCACCAGGGACAGAGAAUGCUCAGCUGGUAUGUGCAGGAUGCCAUACACUUCUAAUGUACAUUCGUGGAGCUACAAGUGUUCAGUGUUCGUGUUGUCACACCGUUAAUCUCGCCCUCGAAGCAAAUCAAGUAGCGCAUGUGAAUUGCGGAAAUUGCAGGAUGGUACUGAUGUAUCAGUACGGAGCAAGAUGUGUAAAAUGUGCCGUCUGUAGCUUCAUCACAUCUGUUGGGGGCUAA